AUGACCGCUUCUAGGACGGACCAGUUGCACAAGAUGGAUGCCGUCUUGAUUUGUUAUAUCCUGAAGCAGAGUCAUGGUCGAAGUCAUAUGAGGUCUGAACAUCUCAAGAACCGUUCAAGAUCCUUUAAUUUGACCCUUGCCUCGACUGUAAGCGCGACUCCGCUUCAUCAUGCUCCAAGCUCUCCUCAAGAACUUAUAGGAGAGGCUCUCGAUGCACUCGGCGGUGUUGGCCCAAUUGGUAAAUUGAAAGAAUUGACCUAUCAGGCUCCAAGGAUAUUUCGCUCCCGUAGUCUUAUGCAGAGCUACGAUAUGAGCAGGGCUGAUACCUUUGUAUCUAUCCCAGGCUCGCAAAAUAUCUCCUUCCGACUUGACCAAGGCUUUUUGGAACAGCGUAUCGAUCGUCGUGCCACCCCCUCAAGCUACUGGUCAUGGGGAAAUAACGACCUGACACCUCUCGAAUUCUCUCUGGUCAUGAAUGAGGGCAAGAAUGGGUUUGCCUGCUAUGUCCAAGGAAAUAACCAGAUUUUUCUCCCCCCAGCCCCAAGUCUCUCUUCAUUGGACACCGCUGAUUCAGUUUCUUACAAAGCUGCUUUGACCUAUCAUCUCGUCCUCCAAGCUCAGAUGCUGUCUCCUCAUCUACUUUAUCACCCCAUAGUUCGUGACCCCAGCCGGGAACUCACCGUAAUAUUUGACCCCAAAGCUAGUCUACCUUAUAUCAUACGGACAAUCGAAGACCACCCCAUCUACGGGGAGUCGACCAAGGACUUGUAUCUCUCGAGUUACAAGGUCGUGCAGGGUAUAAAAUUCGCACACACCGUUCAGACAAUUUACAACUCUACCAACCAAGGCGUGAAUCCAGUUCUUGAGGACUUUAUCAUCGACAAGGUCAUUAUUAACCCUAGUUUCCCUUCCAAGUUUUUCGAUGGCAUUUCUGAAGAUAAAAGCCUUGCACCCAAGUCGGCAGCCAAGAAGAUCCGAGGCAUCUCGGCAGGUCUUAUGACCGAGUAUAACUCUAAUAUGCUUGGUACUGCCCUCAAGAACGCCAAUAUCGAAAACUUGAAGGUCGAGACUCCAGUCUCUGACCUCCCGCAGGUUCACUGGGUCAUUGUUGACGAUGAUAAUGAUCUUGGUGUUAAGCAAAUGGCCAUUGAGUUUGAGCACGAAGUCAUUAUUCUCGAUGCCCCGCCACAGUGGACCAAGGCUGUGAUGAAGUGGGUUGCUAAGAACCUCAAGAAGCCCGUCACUUAUGUCGCGCCUUCGCAUCGCCAUCGUGAUCAUGCCGGAGGAAUUGACAAGUACGUCGAAGCCGGUGUGAAGCUUAUUGUACCCGAGGUUGCCGUCGACUUUUGGUCCAGCAUCCCUGGUGCUAAGUUUGUGACCUUUAAUUGUCCUACCGCCAAGUCGCCUAUUGUGGCAUUCCAGGCUGAUGCUUGGCAAGCUGGUUUGGACGCUGAGACAUCGGAUCAGGCCUUGAUGAGAAAGUGGCUGGAUCAGACCCUUCGUGAUGGGUUGACUCGUGACGCCAUUGUUUUACCUAUGCAUGGGAAAGUCACGCCUCUUGGACAACUCAUUAAUAUUACUGCUUAUCCUUACCCUGACUUUGAUGCUACUCAUUGGCGUCAUGGUGCAGCUCUAUGCUAA